GUGGCCGCUUGUUGUUACCGGACGCGGACAGGUCUGCAGGUGUGAUUGUUUCGGAUCAGCUGAGGAUGAGAAUCAAUCAGACUGAGUGAGUAUGGAGCCCGUUUUCACGCGGUUUGACUCGUAUAACUUCGAGGGUGAUCAGCGGUUUGUGGACGGUCUGAAGUCUGUAAACAAGCGCGAAACCGACCUGCUGGACCUGAAACUGUUUUUCUACAACAGAUUUGUUGAGCCCAUCGACCGAACCAGCUACAAACAGUGGGGCUCUUCUUCCUGUGUGAGAGGCUGCCAUGUUGAGCAGCUGGACCAGACGGCGUCUUCACAUUCAGACCCUGAACUCAGUAAAAACCAAACAGCAGAAACUUCUGCACCCACAGAGACAAAGCAGCUUUCCUUUGCACAGGUGAUGCAACUGGUUCAGGAGGGAAAAGAAGUUCCUGGAGUGACAAAACUGGACAUACUGCCGACCAACCAGAAUCCCACGCCUUCUCAGAUGGAGCGGAUACUGAAACCCUGGGAAACAGCCUCAUCUUCUUCCAAGUGACCUAUGACUCUUUGCUGCCUUGAUAACAUUCAGUGCAGCAGUCUGUAUUUCACAAUAAAAAGUAUGAAAAGUUGCAUCGCAAAUGGU